AUGGUGAACAUCAGCGAGGUGAAGGGCAAUGCACGCGAAAACAGAACCGCGGCACAUACACACAUCAAGGGCUUGGGCUUGCGAUCAGACGGCACCGCUGAACCUUCGGGCAAUGGAUUUGUCGGGCAAGCUGCUGCCCGUGAGGCGUGCGGAGUGGUUGUAGACCUGAUCAAAGCCAAAAAGAUGUCUGGAAGAGCAGUACUAUUAGCGGGAGGACCUGGCACAGGCAAGACAGCUUUGGCGUUGGCAGUAUCGCAAGAGCUGGGAACAAAAGUACCUUUUUGUCCUAUUGUUGGCAGCGAAGUCUACUCUACAGAGGUCAAGAAGACUGAGGCGUUGAUGGAGAACUUCAGAAGAGCAAUCGGUCUGCGUGUACGUGAAACGAAGGAAGUAUAUGAAGGUGAAGUGACCGAACUCCUCCCCGAAGAGGCAGAGAACCCACUCGGCGGCUUUGGACGCACCAUCUCCCACCUGAUCAUCACUAUGAAGUCCGCCAGAGGGACCAAAAAACUCCGCCUCGACCCCAGCAUAUAUGAAGCUAUUCAAAAGGAACGAGUGACGGUCGGCGAUGUGAUCUACAUAGAAGCCAACACGGGGGCAUGCAAGCGGGUGGGCCGCUCAGACGCCUACGCGACGGAAUUCGAUCUCGAGGCGGAAGAAUACGUGCCCGUUCCGAAGGGAGAAGUGCAUAAGAAGAAGGAGGUCGUGCAAGACGUGACGCUCCACGAUUUGGACAUUGCCAAUGCCAGACCUCAGGGGGGCCAGGACGUUAUGAGCAUGAUGGGCCAACUGAUGAAGCCGAAGAAGACCGAGAUUACGGACAAGUUGAGAGCGGAGAUCAACAAGGUGGUGAGUCGGUACAUCGACCAGGGCGUGGCGGAGCUGGUUCCUGGUGUGCUCUUUAUUGACGAGGUCCACAUGCUCGACAUCGAAUGCUUCACUUAUCUCAACCGCGCGCUCGAAUCCCCCAUCUCCCCGAUCGUCAUCCUUGCCUCGAACCGGGGCAACACCCUCAUUCGAGGCACGCAAGACAUCACUGGUGCCCAUGGCAUUCCUCCAGACCUACUUGCCCGCUUGCUCAUCAUCCCAACACAUCCAUACAAUGCCUCCGAGGUCCAGACUAUCAUUCGUCUACGCACAAAAACCGAGGGUCUUUCAAUAUCAGAACCGGCGCUGGAGAAGGUUGCGCAGCAUGGCACGAACGUGAGUCUCCGAUACGCACUACAGUUAUUGACGCCCAGCAGUAUACUUGCGAGGGUCAAUGGGAGAACAGAGAUUGGUGUCGAGGAUGUAGCAGAGUGUGAAGAUCUGUUUAUUGACGCAAGGAGAAGCGCCAAAGUCGUGGAGCAAGCAGGAACUUCAUUCAUUAGUUGA